AUGUCCACUAAUGGGUCUUCUGGUCCCCACGAGCUCUGGCGGCACUCUGCGCCUGAGUCCACACAAAUCUACCAUUUCCUGAAAAGAACCGUGGAGAAGCAUCGGGUGCCAUUGAACAACUACGAUGAUCUCUGGCGCUGGAGCAUCUCGGAGCCGGCGAGGUUUUGGGAGGAUGUCUGGCUGUAUACUGGCGUCAAGGCCCACAAAUCUUACAACCAUGUCAUGGGCUCGGAGACGCUGAUGUUCCCGCGGCCUCAAUUCUUCGAGGGCGCAACAUUGAACUUUGCUGAGAAUCUUCUGUACCCCGCCAGCUCUCCUGAUGAGGACUCAGUCGCGGUGAUCGGCGCCACUGAGGCUGACCGCGAGUACAUCACCUGGAAGGAGCUCAGGGAGCGCGUCCGCCAGUGUGCUAAUGCGCUGAAAGCGGCCGGCCUUCAGAAAGGUGACCGCGUGGCGGGUUUUCUGGGAAAUCAUGCCAACACAGUAGUCGCAAUGCUGGCGACAGCUUCCAUCGGUGCUUUCUGGACUGGCGUAUCUCCGGAUACAGGUGUUCAUGCUGUUCUCGAACGUCUGAAGCAGAUCGAGCCUAAGAUCUUAUUUGCCGAUAAUGCCUCGCUCUAUAACGGUAAAGUGCACAGCGCCGCUGCCAAAACGAGCCAGAUCAUCUCCGAGCUCCCUCAGCUAGAGGCGCUCGUCAUUUUCCCAACGGUGGAAUCUCUCCAGAUCAACCUUGAAAAGGUUUUGCCCCUCCAAGGGAAAGCAUAUACAUACGCCGAAUUCCUUGCUACGGCUAGCAAUAUUUCAGCGCCACUUGAAUUUGCAAGCCUCCCACCGGAGCAUCCCGUUUACAUUUUGUACUCAUCCGGUACAACUGGAGCCCCGAAACCUAUUGUACAUGGGUCUUUGGGAACACUGUUGCAACACAAGAAGGAGCAUGUGCUUCACUGCGAUGUCCGUCCCGGAGACCGUUUAUUCUACUUUACCACAACCACUUGGAUGAUGUGGCACUGGCUGGUAUCUGCUCUGGCCAGCGGCGCUACUAUUGUUCUCUACGAUGGCUCGCCUUUCCGUCCACUAGACCCCGAAGGAGGAAAUGGAGAGAUGGCCAUGCCACGUCUGAUCGAAGAACUCCAGAUAAACCACUUUGGAACUUCGGCCAAGUAUCUCUCGAUGCUAGAGCAGGCCGCGCUGAACCCGGCAACGCACCCUCACCGUCCCGUGAGCUUACAGUCCCUGAAGGCGAUUUACAGCACUGGCUCUCCUCUUGCUCCCUCCACCUUUGAAUACGUUUACUCCUCUAUUCACCCGGAUAUCAUGCUAGGCUCUAUCACGGGUGGCACCGAUAUUCUCUCUCUUUUCUGCUCCGGCUGUCCAAUCCUUCCCGUCUACAAGGGAGAGAUCCAGUGCCGGAGUCUGGCAAUGGCUGUUGCCGUUUACGACUACGCUGGUAAUGACAUCAGUUCAUCUGGUGAGCCGGGAGACCUGGUCUGCACCCGGCCAUUCCCUGCACAGCCCGUCAUGUUUUGGCCGCCUGGUCCAGCCGGGAAAGAAAAAUACCGCAAGAGCUACUUUGAUGUCUUUGGUCCCUCAAUCUGGCACCAUGGCGACUUUGUGCGCGUAAACCCGGAAACCGGAGGAGUGGUUAUGCUCGGACGAAGCGACGGUGUCCUAAAGCCAGCUGGCGUUAGGUUCGGCAGCGCCGAAAUCUACAACAUCCUUCUCAAGCAUUUCGCAGACGAAGUCGAGGAUUCUCUCUGCGUUGGGCGUAGGAGAGAAGGUAUAGAUACGGACGAGACGGUUGUCUUGUUUGUGAAGCUGGCAUCUGGCGCCCAGUCUUUGCCCGCGGGUCUUGCAUCGCGCAUCCGGACUACCAUCCGUAAAGAACUCAGUCCACGCCAUGUGCCAGGCAUCGUGGACGUCUGCCCGGAGAUUCCGGUGACGUCAAAUGGCAAGAAAGUCGAGAACUCCGUGAAGCAGAUUCUAUGCGGGCUCAACAUCAAGAUUGGCGCCAGUGUUGCGAAUGCCUCGUGUCUCGACUGGUAUCGGACGUGGGCGGCUCAACAUCCUUGA